UUCAGCACCAUGGGGAAGCGCAAGGCAACGACUACGAGCCCGAGUCUCCUCGAGCCGUUCGAGGUCUUGGUCGCCGAUGGCGCUAGCGCCGACAAGCCCUCGCUCGCUCUCGUCCGGGACAUGGUCCUCGACCUCUUCCUCGACAGCAACAUCGAUGCCAUGCAAUACCUCGUCAUGCUUGUGCUCACCGACGCCGCACCUUCCAUCGUAGCCGCGGCGCCGGCCGAUAGCCUUCAGUUUGGUGUGCGCCUCGCCGACGGCGACGCAAUCCCCAAGGUCGACGCCACGCUGCUGUACACGCCGACGACCAAGCUCGACCAGGAAGCGGCGAAGAAGAUGCAAAAAAAGCUGGUCAAGAAGAAGAUCAAGAAGCUCAAGAAGGCCGAAGAAGAAAUGGGCCCAGCGUUCUACGUGGCGUCAGACGAUGAAAUCGCUGAGUACUUUCGGGCGCUACCGUUCGACACCAAGGUCGCGGACGACGGGACCGCGUUUGUCGCGACGGCGCCAGCGACCUCGCCGUCCUCAUCGCAGCGGAUGCUGGCGCUCGACUGCGAAAUGUGCAAGACAACGCGCGGUGUCGAGCUCACGCGCAUCUCGAUUGUUGACGAAGAGUACAAGGUGCUCUUGGACGCGUUUGUUUUGCCCGAAUGUCGGAUUGUCGAUUAUUGCACGCAGUAUUCGGGCAUCACAAAGGAAACGUUGGAAGGCUGCACCAACACCCUUGCCGAUAUUCAGGCCAAGGUCCUCGCCCUCGUGGACGCCGACACGAUUCUCGUCGGCCAUUCGAUCGAGAACGACCUCUUGGCGCUGCGCUUGCUCCACCGCCGCGUCUUGGACACGUCGCUCUUGUACCCGCACCCCAAGGGCCCGCCGUUCCGGUCGGCGCUGCGCUUCUUGACGGCCACGUACCUCAAACUCCAAAUUCAAAACGAUGCAUCGGGACACUGCAGUAUCGAGGACGCGACGUGCACGAUGAAGCUGGCGCAGCUCAAAAUCGAAAAAGGCCCGGGCUUUCCAGGCACACACGCCAAGCAGCACGCGUCGCGAAAGCUCGUGAGCGAGCUCGCGAAACGCAAAAAGUCGGCGUUGAUUGUCGACUCGGCGAGCGCGUGCCGGUCCCUCGCCGGAAGCACAGCCGGCGCCAUUCCGUGCCCGACGCUCGACAAGGUUGUCCAUAUCGUCAAGCAGCAGCUUACGACGGGCUGUGCGCCGCACUUUACAUGGGCCCGCGCUGCGCUGCCGACCGAAUUCGAUGCGGCCGCCGUAUCCGCUCUUGUCGCGUCCGUUCGCGCAGACAUGCCACCGGCGUCGAUGCUGCUCGUGCUCACGACGCCGCCCACGACCGAGCUCAAGGAGCUCCACUCCAUUCGCACGUCGCGCGGUGACCCGCGUUCGUCACUCCUCUGGGACAAGACGAUGCAGACCAAGCUCGAUGGCGUCGCGACGACUGCCCAACACGGCACUUUGCAGCUGUUUGCGACGCCACCGAAAAGCGCCGAGUAGAUCACUAAGAAUACUACAGCAUUACGAAAGGUCGUUGACCAUCCGACAAGUACGGAACCGGUGCCAAGUGGCCUAGGGGAGAUGAAAGAGGAUCGGCCCAUCCUACUAGCUACUUAUUUGAUAUCGUUUCU